AUGGAACCUCGCGCCCGUGCCGGCCGGCACAAGACCAGCCUCAACUUUGGCCCCGAACUCGCGGCACUUCUGUACGCAUACGGUGCACCUACACACCCCGACAUUGCGAAACCCCUCGGCGCAUCCUCGCGACAAUACCUCUCCUCCUCCCACACACCCAACACCACCCACGCACCCACGCCAUUCACACAACCCUUUCCCGAGACGCUACGCGUCCUCGAUGAGAUCCUGACAGACUUCAUCAUCGAAACGUGCCACAACGCCGUCGGGGUGUCGGUCUACUCGGGCCGCGCCAAACUGAAGGUCUCGGACUUUGAGUUCGCCAUCCGCAAGGACAGCAUCAAGCUGGGCAGGGUGCAGGAGAUGUUCAAGAAGAAGAGGGAGAUUGACAACAAGAAGAAGCUGUUCGAUACGACCGAGGGCAAGGAAGGGCAGAAGCUGGCGGUGGACGACCUGGUGAAUUUGGGAGAGGUUGUCGGCGAGGAGGGGACGUCGAAAGGGAAGGGGAGGGGAAGGGGGAGAAAGAAGAAGAGGGACAUCGAGGAAGUGGACGGCGAAUUGGUCAAUGGCGCGGUGAACGCUAAGGAGAGGUCGCCUGGUCCGGACGAGAGUGGCGAGGAGAGGGCGAGCAAGCGGGCAAAAAGCGAUCUGGGGUGA